AUGGCCGACCUCGCCAGUCGCAUCACGGAGCCCCCCGCCGAGGGCGCGGCUCAGGAUGCGCAGGUUUCCCAGGUCGACGGCAAUGUCGAAGCUCUCGGCGGAUCUGGCCUCAUUGAGAAUACUUACGAUGUCGACGUCAAGUUGGGCGACCUUCAGUCCGACCAGACCAGCACUCUCUACUCUGCUGCGACCUUCAGCGACAUGAAUCUGCCCGAGCCCAUCCUUCGCGGUCUCCUCAGUCUCAACUACCAGAAGCCUUCUAAAAUCCAGGAGAAGGCCCUUCCCCUGAUGCUUGCCGACCCUCCUCGUAACAUGAUCGCCCAGUCGCAAUCUGGAACUGGCAAGACCGCCGCCUUUGUCGUCACUACUCUGUCCCGUGUCGACUAUACCCAGCUCGAGCAGCCCCAAGCUCUCAUCCUCGCGCCCAGUCGUGAGCUUGCGCGUCAGAUUGAAGGAGUCGUUGGCAAGAUUGGUAGCUUCUGCGAGGGUCUUAGAGUGGCCGCAGCUCUUCCCGGCGCGCUCGAGCGCAACGCCCCUGUCAGAGCCAACGUUAUCGUUGGCACUCCCGGUACUGUCAUGGACAUCGUCCGCAGACGCCAGCUGGACGUGUCGAAGCUUCGGCUCCUUGUUAUUGACGAGGCCGACAACAUGCUUGACCAGCAGGGCCUUGGUGACCAGUGCCUUCGGGUCAAGAACAUGCUCCCCCGCGACAUUCAGAUCCUUCUGUUCUCCGCCACCUUCCCGGACAAGGUUAUGGGCUUUGCCGAGAAGUUUGCGCCCAAGGCUGAUCAAAUCCGUCUGAAGCACACCGAGCUCACCGUUAAGGGUAUCUCCCAGAUGUACAUUGACUGCCCCACUGAGCAAGACAAGUACGAGGUUCUUGUCAAGCUCUACGGUCUUAUGACCAUUGGCUCCUCCGUCAUCUUCGUCAAGACUCGCGAGAGUGCCGACGAAAUCAAGCGACGAAUGGAGGCCGAUGGCCAUCGUGUGUCCGCCCUACACGGUGCCAAGGACGGCCCCGAACGUGAUCGCUUGCUGGAGGAAUUCAGGACCGGCCAGUCCAAGGUUCUCCUCACCACCAACGUGCUGGCCCGCGGUAUCGAUGUGUCUAGCGUGUCUAUGGUCAUCAACUACGAUAUCCCUAUGAAGGGACGUGGAGAUUCGGAGCCCGACCCCGAGACGUACCUGCACCGUAUCGGCCGCACUGGACGUUUCGGUCGCAUCGGUGUCAGCAUCAGCUUCGUCUACGACAAGAAGAGCUUCUACGCUCUCAAGCAAAUCGCGGAUCUGUACGAGAUUGACCUCGUGCAGCUUGACGCCAACGACUGGGACCAAACGGAGGAAGACGUGCAGAAGGUCAUCAAGUCCAACCGAGCCAAGGCUGCGUUCGCCCCGAGCGCCACCGAUGCCAGCGUCAAGGCUUAG